CAGGAUGGAAUAAAAGAGCAUUGAAGACGGUUUGGGUCUUUUUGAUCCUUCUCUUACCGGGGGUCUGGGUCUCGUGACUAUCACUUUCUCCGAUGAAGAAACUGUCUGACUCUGCCGAAUCCCGGACCUUCACCGCCACAGCGCCGCAGCCGGCUGAUACCACCCAUUCAUUAGCGGCACCACCGCCAGCCCCGAAUCUAACCUCAUCUGAAGAAAAAGACUCAAAAUCUCCGGAUUCACAGCUCGAAACCCUCUGCAAGACGAUGUGCGGCAAGGAACUUCGAAGUUACAUAGUAUCACAACUUCCAGAGAAAAAUACACUGCGCGAAGAACUCCCAAAGGCAUUGAAACUUGCACCCAAUGCAGCAAAGCUUGUACUUAUUUGUAUGGGAGACUUCUUUGCCAAAAGGGGCAAAGCUUUUGAUAAGGAUGCACAGAUGAUUUCCACAAGGGAAGCAUCUGCAUUGGUUUUGGAGUGUUUCUUGUUGAUGGGCUUCGAUGUAAUUGAUGAAGGGGUGAAGGAAGAAGCUGCACAAGCAGCGGUGAUAUGGAGAAGAAGGUUGGUUGAUGAACGAGGUAUAAGAAAGGCUAGUGCAAUGGAUGCGCGGGGAUUGCUGUUGCUUAUUGGGUGUUUUGGGAUUCCACAUAUUUUUCACAAUGAGGACGUUAGGGACUUGAUUCGAGUGAGUAAUAUCAGGGAGAUUUCUACUGCACUCAGGAAAUCAAAUGUGCUAAUGGCAAAGAUUCCAGAAAUAAUAAACGGGAUGGUGAAGCAUAAGAUGGAAGUUGAUGCUGUUGAUGUUGCUUAUACUUUUGGAGUAGAGGAAAAAUGUAGCCCUUGCGAAAUUUUGUCAUCGUUUUUAGAAGAUCUUAAAGAAUCGCUGAAGAAAAAGAAAUGGAAGUCGCAUGGUUCACAUGCUGUUGUGAAUGAAGCAAACAAGAGGGAAUUGUCUACUAUGAAAUCUGUCAUCGAAUGUUUGGAAGCCCACAACAUUGAUCCCUCAAAGCUUAUUCCACGAUUCCGUAUCAGUGACAGAAUUAUGAGCUUGGAGGAAAAAAUUGCUAGGAAUUAUCAAAGAAGGGAGAAGAUGGUGCAAAAUCGGAAAUUUGAUGAAAUUGGGUUGUCUAGAAGGUUCGAAGAGAGACGAGCAAAACGCACACAUAUACUAGGUUCAGAGCAUCAAAGAGCUGUUAAUCACAUCAGUAGCCAGAGACCCUUGUUAGCAGGUGGAACUGCUGGCCACAUUUAUGGUUAUUCUGUGUCACCAUCAGUAUUGCCUGGACCUGUUGCAGGCCGGAUUUAUGAUACUGUUCCUGGCUCACUAGCAGCAAGUCGGGGAGGUAUGGUUAUGGGUGGAGUUAGUUCAGGUAUAACAACAGGCACAAAAUAUGCUCUACAAGCUGGCUCAUAUGAUGGAUAUUUUGGGAUGAUGCCAAUUGAGGAUAAAGCUGGGCGAAUAAGAAGUUACAAAAAUCAGUUGUAUGGAUGGCAAGGAAAUGCAUCCAUGCACGAGGGGGUGGUCUCUCACAACUAUGGAUACGGGCCAUCACCACCGUGGGAAGGCUCUAUGGCUUUGCUAAACCCUGUUCCUGUUGGUCCUGGUAACCAGACCUAUGCUUCUGAUUCUUAUCAGUCUGCUAGUACUGUUCCAGGAAGUGCACCAUAUCAGAAUAGUGGCUCUCAUGCAGUAGGUGUUAUUCCCUCUGUUAACCAUCAUUCAUCCUACUUGUACCAAGGGACAUAUUAUCCCCAAGGCAUGCAGUAACGUCUACAUUUUAGCUUCUCUUGUAGUAAAUGCUUGAAGUUGAGAACUUUUGUGGGUGUAAAUGAUACAGUUUAAAUGUGGUUUAAGGAAGCAUCAUGAUUCAUGUGUUGCUUGCCUUAAUCAACUCUGUUUAAAAAAUCUUUAUAUUGUCGAUAUAUCAAAUUAAACUUAACGUUAAA